CAUUUCAGCUAGAUGUUUUGACAACGUCUACCAAGAUCGGAUUAUUCCUGGUUCAGUUUAAUUUCUUACUGCUUGAGAUUAGUGAUUAAGUUAAGAUUAUUUUAAAAAACAAAUAAUUUAAAAACAACAUUUACAAAUAACAUUUUAAGAUUUAAAGAUUGAAUUCAAAUGGAGGAAUCAAAUUUAAAAAGGGCAGCUAACUUUUCAGAGGAGGAAAUUGAUAUUCUAUCUAGCAUUGCUGAGAAAUACAGGAAUCAAAUUGAAUGUCGAAGCAAGCGAACCAAUACUAAUAGGAUGAAAGAUAUGAUCUGGCAUCAAAUUGCUCAGAAGUUUAACAAAGUCUCAUCUGAUCUUUAUAGAGGACCCAAAACACUUCGAAUAAAAUAUAAAAAUCUAAAGAAAAGAGCACAGGAGAUUAACAGUUGUAAUCAGGUUAAGAUUAAGGAAGUGUUUUCAGAAACAAUUGAUGCUGAUAUGGAAUCUGUUGAAAAUGUUAAACAGGAAGAAGAGAUUGCUGCAAUAUAUGAAUAUGAAUCUAUGGAUGAGAAUGAUUCUGAAAGUAAUCUAGCUCUUGGAAAAGAUAUGGAAAUGGGUUAUUACAGUGAGGAUGAAAAUGGUUAUAAGAAGGCCAUAAAAUUUUCUUCAAGGGAGAAAAGAUGCCUGCUUGCUUUGGUUGAUAAAUUCAUGGAUAGGAUUGAAUGCAAGAAAUUGGAUUCUGAAAGUAUAAACUUGAAGAAUAUAGCUUGGGCUCAACUUGCCAAGGAAUACAAUAACAUCAUGACAACUGGUACAAGUAGGAGUGUUAAAGCACUCAGAAUGAAAUAUAAAAAUAUCAAAAGGGAAAGAAAAAUGAAGAAAGCCUUGGAACAUUUUGAAUCUACCAGCCAAGUUGACCAGUACCAUGAAAAUAAUGUUGAAUUUAUAAUUAUUGACUCCUCAACUGUAAGAUCUGAUGGGGAGGAAAUAGCUGAAGUAGACAGAACUGCAUGGGUGGAUGAGAAUUUGGAAGCUGUCGGUUCAUCUACUAACGAAGUGAUGUACGAAUACGACAGCGACGAUGAUAUAUUGAACGGGACUAAAUGCGAAGAUGUCAGCGUAGAGAACGAAUUGAAAAGAGAGAAAUACGGUCUAGAAAUAAGCUUAUUGAGGCAGCAGUUGGAACAGGAGAAAGUCGAGAAAACGUUAUUGGUUCAAAAACAUGUGAAGGAAAUGGAAAACUUGGAUUUGCAAAACCAAAAACUGAAAUUAGAGUUGGAGAUAUUAAAGGCGCAACAGAUUAAACCAAAUGUUUAAACUGACCAUAAAACAUUGUUUUGUUGAGUACUAUAGUUUUUAAAUGAUUUUAAUUUUUAAUAGUGGCUACAUCACAUCAAACUAAAUAUGUGAAUCACACAGACUGUUGUAUUUUAUGUAUU